AUGGCCUCCAACCCAACGGACCAAGACUACACCAUCCCCACCGCCCUGUCCCCUACCGCCUACCUCAGCGACCCCGAGUCCGACCUGACCGAGCGCCUCGACUGGUACGGGCUGGGCAAGCUGCACCCCACGCACCUCGGCGACACCUUCGCGCGGGGCCGGUACGCCAUCAUCCACAAGCUGGACCACGGCCCGCACACGCUGUCGUGGCUGGCGCGUGACCUCGACACCAACACGUGGCGGCGCCUGGACACGGUGCCCGCGGCGGUGGCGGCGGUGGCCCGGCCGCGGUUCCGCGCCGCCGCCGCCGACGCCCGCGGGCUUGCCCUCGCCGUCUGCGGCCACGAGGGGCCCAAGGGCAGCAACGUGUGCAUUGUCUGGCCGCUGGAUAGCAGGAAGCAUGCUUUUCGGGGGGGCGUGCCGUGGGGGGGCGAUGAGAUCCCCAUGAAUGCGGAUUGGUUCAUGAGCGAGUGUGCGAAGCUGAAGGGGGGGGGUCCCCCCGUUGUGUCUGCAUGA